AGCAUUCUAAACGUCUUCAUGAUGGAAAUUUCACAUGACCUUUCCCCAUGCUAUUGAAUUGCUUCCAACCCUCGCCAAAGUAAGUACAUUAUUAAUUUUUGAUUACAUUGGUUCCGUCUUCGCGGCCUUUACUUUCCCUACUUCUUUGCCUUUGUUUGACCUGCGCAAAAACUACGCAUAAAGAUGGUUGUAGACGUUUCAACGAAGAUGUGGGGCCAACGCAUGGGUGUCCAUCUACGGUUUGACUUCCAGUGUUGUACCAACAUAGAGAGAAGAUAGACGUAGGUAAGGUGGCUUUAGAAAACGAUGUCGUGGUUCGCGACAAUCAUGCGUUGGCCACCAUGGGCGAUUCCACUGCUGCACGGUGUUUUCGUAGUGCUUACGCUGGUGCCGAGCAGCAGCCGUUGGCGUGCUCAUGCUGCCUCUGCAGCUGAGGAGCCUUUUCCAUCUAGAGUGGUCAACAUGCCGGUUGGGGUUGGCGGAAGUCCAGUUGUGUCCCAGCAGGGCCACGAUGCUGUUGAGUCACUCGAGCAGUGGGGAACUUCCUUCAGAAAAACUAGCAGCAGCAGGAGAGGAAUGUCCGCGGCGCUUGAUGGGACUGGGUCCGGUGUAGAAGAUGACACUACCUCCUACAACCACACCGCUGGCACGAAUGUAGCCGAUCGUACGUCGCCUUUCCCAAGUAUGCUGCCUCCUCUAGCGGAUCCAAAGACGACGCGGUCAGCCGGCGACGAGGAGGUGCUAGAGGAAGUGCUAUUGAUCAUUGGAUUGACAGUGCUAUUUCUCGGUUUGGUGGCGCUUUUUUGCUGGUGCGAGCAUCGUGCCGUGAAGGCCCAUAGCCACGAGGAAGCUGCGCGACGCCGCUCUGUGGUAGCAAAAAAUGCCAAUAGCGGAAAUCGUGCGCGCGCAGAGGGUUCUUCUGCGGGAGAUGCUUCUUUCAGUGUCGACGCGGCUCUCGCACGCCAAGGGGCUCCUGGCAUUGAUGAGGAACAGAGUGACGACGGCAUUCCACUGUCGGUGCACCUCAACGACGCUUUUCUGAGCGCCGCUUUCGAGCACGAAGCUGUGCUUGAGGCCGAAAGAAGAAGUCGCGCUGAGCACCGUGCGAAUCAACGUGGUGAAGAUGGGGCUCGCCCAAAUAAUCGAAUGUUAACCGAGGAGGAAAUUAGAAGGUAUAACGGCACUGGACAAGAACAAGGACCACAACAAUUGAUGAUAGAGGCCGAUCCAAGUUCGCGGGCUCGUGCAAAUGAGAAAGACCAGGCAAUUGUUCUGAUGGACCCACAAUAUCAAGGACAACAAGCUCUACUUCGCCCAUCGACCACAUCAUCAUUGGGGGGAGGAAAGUGGAUAGCCACGCCACGUUGGUCUCGUCUCUCGCAGGAGUCCUCUAUGAGUCAAAAGGGAGGUCUUUGCAUGACUCCGGGAAUGUAUCCACAGGGGAGUGAUUUCUUUGCCUACGCUAAUCUUGCACCUGACGAAGACGACGCAUUAUUGCGAAAGGCGCAACUUGCAAGCCUAGAAGAGGCUUGCAGAGGUGGCUACGCACCAGAUUCUUCCUAUGAAAAUGCUGCAGUUGGAGCAGGGGCAACAGCAACUGGGCCUACGCUUAUAGGGUAUGAUGAACAGAAUAAUGGAGGAAACAAUUAUAAGGACAGUGUGAAUCUUGACACCGAGACUCGGGAGAUCAUUCUCGGGACAAAUCAAGCUGCCUCUCAGCAGGACAUCAACACUCAGGGGCAAGGAUCUCAGAAUGCCGAACAAGCAAGUGAGAGAAAAUUAUCCAGCACAGAAAUCGUUGCGGAGGUUCUCGCUAGCAGGGGCGGGCACUCAAUCUCUUCUGCGCCUGAGUCCUCUCAAACGAACGAAAGACAUUCAUUCUCGUCGUCGAGUGGCCUAAGGAUAUCAGGAGAGCGGCCGCCAACAAUUCCUGAGGAGCCACAAGGAAGCCCGAACAGUGACGUUUCGUUGCGGGCUUCGAUUGUUCAUCAGACAAAUCAUCUCGUUCGAAGUGAAGGUGGAGCGAUGCCGGCAAAGCGCAGAGAAGUUUUCGAUAGUGAGGACGAAAAUGAGAAACAAGCGGAAAAAGGCCAAGUGAUGAAAUCGCAAAUACCAGCAGAAGAACUACACGAUGAAAGCAGGAGUCUUCAAGAAACAACAACCCGCAAAGGACUAUCAUCUUCGAGUUAUAGUAAUGCCGCUGGAGUCCAGCCCACAGCCAUUGGCAAACGAGCGAUGCGCGAGGUAGAUGAUAUCGUACCUGGCACCUUCUCGGAACCGCUCCCGCACGCAGUGAAGAAAGACGUACUUUCGAUAGACGAUGCUGGGGAGGUACAGCAGGAGCGGCGACUGCGCGAGCUGCUCGCGGAAACGGUGCAGUCGCCCAUUGGCACGGCGCUUUUUGGCCUGUAUGGAGAGGCUGUCAUUGUCUCACCGCCAGGUAGUUCAAGGCCCUCCUUCACUUCAGUGAGCGGUGGUCCCCUCGAUGCUAACCCGGGAGCGAGCACACCCAUGUCUCCUAUGGCCUCCUAUCUCACUUCAACACAGAGCGCCCACCAGGCGCGCAGGUCGAGCUUGAAAUGGCAGCAGCAGACGGACGAAAUGCUUGCACGGGCGCUAGCCGAACUAGAGGAGGAGGAUGGAGGUGAUGGCGAAGAACACCAAACAACAGCUGCUACAAUAAGCGACGCCUUGAUUGGGCCUUCUAGUACCACGAUUUACGAAAAAGGCAACAUUUUGACGCUGCGUGUUCCAUCUGGCCAGGCAGAAUACGAAAAAGCACCGGAAGUUCUCGAAGACAAUGACGAUCCGCUAGUGCGACGUUACGAUGGCGUGAUCCCGCUUCCGAGCUACAGGCCGUCCUUUUCACACGAAAGUGCGCGUGCAGGCGCAAGCGUGCUGGAGGAUGCGCGAAGCUGGACUCUAGUGAAACGAGAGCUCGCGGUGAAUCGGGCCGUGCGACGCUAUGUCGAAGGUGGUGACGCACUUGUGGCCAUCGCGCGUUCAAAACUCAAAGUAGAAGAGACACGUGCACUUACAGAUGUGUCUCGUCCUGCCGAUGUGAGGAGGAUGGGCGAAGGAGAAGCGGUCCUCGCUAUAGAAGACGCACAGCAGGAAGAAGAAGAAUUGGAACGGGUUCGGCUUUUGUCACUUACAGAUGCCGAUGGGAGAAACGCUGAAGAAGAUAAAGUAAAAGGACGUGGAGAUUUUCUCUCACUCUCAAGAGAUCCCACAGCUGGCUCAUCUGGUUUAGACAGGUCGAAGCUGGAGGCACUGAAGGACGAUCACCCAGCGCAAGAAUCCUCGUCGAGCAGCUCCUCUGCCAGCGACUCGUCAUCUUGCGGCAUGAUGGAGGAUCAUCAAAGUGGGGACUUCGACGAAACCCCGACCACAACAUACUCCCCGACCGCUCCCCAAGGAAGAUCUUUACUACCCCAACAACCCCCCAAGGAGAAAAUGUCUUCCCAUGUCCAUGACAAAAGUAUUCGACUCCAGAAUCGACAGAAAACCAGCGCGUUGCUGGGUGAGGCGACGAUUCCAGCACUGCUGGAUGAAUCGCAACUCAGCAAGCAGCUUGCGCACAAAGGAAGCACCAUACUAGCGGACCAGACGCUGGAAACACAACCGCCUCGACAGACCGAGUGCAUAGUAUCUCUAGAAGAGAGUUCUCAGCGUCGAAGCGAGGUCAGGCAUAGUAGUGAAACUCAGCCAGAGCUAGUCGAAUUAGCACAGAAUGAUAAACCGACAAGCUCUGGACCAGAAGAGGCGGACACAGUGAAAGGACUAGGCGCAACGUCAAGCGCAGCAGGCUCAGGACUAGAAGUGCCAUCUGCUCCGGAAGGACGGCCUUCAGCCGACGACCACGAACUUGCACCUGCUGCGACGGCCCUGGGUCGGGGCCUGGUGAAUGCAGUUUUUGCAGUUUCGGAUGUGAUAAACUUUGCUUUGACCACUAAUGAUGAGAACAACGUCGACCAGCCUCGCACUUUAGAUGAACGAAAGGAGGAGGAACCGGAAGAGGUUUUAGCCACCACAUCGGAGCCAAUAAUGGACAAUGCUGCCAACAAGAUGCUAAAACCCCUGACGAGGUUACGAUCUCGUUCCAUAAUGGGAAAGCUGAAUGAAUCACCCGACCCUGGGCUAGCCCAUCAGGAGCUUUCCCCAGGAAGUACUUCUCAAUCCCUUCCACCCACCUAUCCAGAAUUACAAAUUCCAGUCCAGGUUUCGAGUGCAAGCUCGCUUCCCCGAGAGAGAUCGGCGUCCAGCAGAGAUGGUAGUCAACAUAGUCCCGCGAGCGAGGAUCGCAAGGCGUCGUCUAGUAUGGGCGCCACGCAAAUGCUCAAUAACGCCUUGUUAUCGGUUGCGCGCGCUCCCCAAGAUAUCGUUUCCAUGUUCAGAGGUCAGCAGCAAGACGGGGGUGUUACAAGCAAUAAUGCUCAGCGAGGUCUUGAAGACUUUCUGGAUGAUUCUCAGAGCGAAAUAGUUGCUCACCGGUCAGAGUCUUUAGAGCCGCUCGAUGUCAGCGCUUUUACUGGUAAUUUCCUUGUCGACAGCGAAACCCAUCGUAGAACAGCUAACGAAAACUCAAUCGGCAGCUUGGGAAUAAAUACAACAGACUUGUUGUACACGCAGACACAGUCCAACACUGAUGAAGAGCAGCAAAAAACCUCACGAAAAAUCCAAGGUCCUAAUCUGAGGAGAGCCACUCGCGGCCCACUUUUUAAUCUCGCCUCAGCAGUGGGCGACACAGAUGAUGUGGAUAUUCUUGGGGAGUGGAGCAGCCCUGAAAGCGUCUCCCGUGAUCCUCUGGAUGCCGCUCCUUCGCGUCCUUCUGAAACCAGAAAAGAGGCUGACACAGACGGCGCUCCUUCUAGACCGGCGAUUACAUUUUUUGCGAACCCAUCACAGGAGCAGAAGAGCAGAAGUAGCUAUAGGCGAAGUAUACAGCUAGGCGAUGUGCUGGACGUGAGAGUCCCAGACUUUGCGUCAUACACUCGCGCACCCCCGAGGCAACGUAGAAAUACACGUGGUACACUAGUGCAACAAGAUCCAACUGUUGUUGAAGAUGUGCCAGUGGGGAAGCCACUAGGACAGACGUUUUCAACAGUUGAAAACAAUGGCACUACAAUUUCGAUCGCACCUGCAGCUACUAUUAUAAGCGCUCAGAUGGACGAGAGUACCAGCAGUAAAAGCUCAGACGCUUUUUCGGAAGACAGUGCUACGAAGAUUAACGCCCAGGAUGAGCGUCAAGACGCCAGAAUGAUGGAGUCCUCUCUUCCAAUGGUGUCCGGAGACAGAAGAGUCCCGGAUCCGCAAGAGCAGUUGCACCCAGCAGGUUUUACAGGUGAGCGCUCGUUGCAACCCACAAGUGGAAAUGAUGGUACAGCGCUUCAUAGGAGACAAGUUGAGCACAUCGCUUCUUCGGACUCUCCGGCGCAUAUUCCGACGGAGGGCUCAACUAGACGGGAAGGGCUAAACUCAGGAACAGAGUCCGACGCGGUGGGUCUUGUUUCCGCGAGAGGAACAUCUGCAGAAGAAGCUGGCUCAUCUUCGUCUUUCGCGAGCAAUUUGGUGCUCGGUUCCGCAGCUGCACCAGAUCCCGAGGUAGAAUCAGAAAUGCUCAGCGCGGAAUCACGUUCGCUCAAUGGUGACGACACCGAGGACGUCGAUCUCUCCUAAAAGAGGGCUCUUUGCUGCUUGCAUGUUGUGGUUGUGACCUGAUGAUAUUUUUUCGCCCGACAAGGGAUAGGUUCAAUGGCACUGCAUCUAUGAUGUAUGAAAGUCUGUGUAAUGUUGAUUUUUUGGAUUUUCUUGUCACUUGGCAUUAUGCUCUGUGCGAGUGUUAUUAAUUAGAAAUCCGAAGUGACAUGUACUUCUGCUUGACGUGACGACCACUCAAUGUCCUGUAGACAGCAUUGCCGAAGGCCGCGCAUGGAAGUAUCUGCAUCGUGCAACACAAGUGCCUAGAAGAAAAGCCAGUUUUUCUGGAUUUUCUCAGCGUAUAAGCAAGACGAUUGUCUGACUCCCAAGGGUCGUAUAUUUGUCCCCUGUUACUUCCUG